AAAACAAUCUUUGAUCAAGAUGGCACAACCAAACCAACCCAACUCAUGUGUCAACUUCAAUUAACAAAAUUCCAGUGUAGUGGACGCAAAGAAAUCAAAGGCUAAUCUCCCCAACAUGAUUUUAUUAACAACCCUUUUUAAAAUCAUAAAGCAAAUGAACAAAACCCAUUAGCAACGAACCCCUUUCAACAGUGCUUUUUGUCAUUUAAAAGGGUCAUUCUUGCUAUCUCUAACAUUCAUUCCUUCAUUCCUUUCUUGGAUUUUCUAUUAAUCAUUUGAGUUCUCCAGGUGUUCGACAAAAUUCCUACUCCAACUUCUUCGAAUAUAAUGGAAGGAGAAGAUCAUCAGCACCAACUGGAACCGCAGCAGGGCGGCGUGGUGGUCACUGGGCGUGCGGAGAUUGACACUAGAGCGCCUUUUAGGUCUGUCAAAGAAGCAGUUGCUCUGUUUGGAGAGAGAGUUUUGGUUGGUGAAAUCUAUGCCAACAAACUCAAAGAGAUUCAAGCUGGGGAGACUGAGAAAGGAAGUGCUCCAUCUAAAAUUGGAGCCUUGACAGCAGAGCUUGAAGAAACAAAACAAAGUCUUGAGAAAGCUAGAGAAGAGAGCAACUUAAUGGCAUACUGCAUAAACACACUGAAACAAGAGCUUGAAGAGGCAAAAAGAGAACUACAAAAGCUAAAGGCAAGAGAAGAAUAUGAAAAAAAGGCAGUUGAUCCUGAGAUCGAAGAUCUCAAAUUCAUCGAAACCCCGAAAAGAAUCGAAACCAAAAUGCAAGAGAGUGAAGAUGAGGGUGAAAAGGGAUUUCAUCAUAGGAAGAGAAAUGUGAAAUUUGCUAGUCCACCUGAACUAGCUCAAGUUAUUGUUACAAGUAAUGAGUUUCAAGGUGAUAGAUCUCCUUCUAUGAAGAAAAUAAAGAGAAAGCCAUUAGUCCCUAUAAUAGGAUGGUUGUUUCACAAGAAGAAGGGAAUUCAAGAAAAUGAAUCUCCAACACUUGAGGCUCGUUGCUGAUGAUUUGUGCACAAUCACACACAGCUUAGUAUUUUUUUUUCUACUUUUGUUUUGUCAUGUGGUUUUGAAGAGAGAAAGAAAAGAAGAGCAUUUUGCAUAUAUAAACAUAAGCAGUUUACACUUGCCAAAAGUCUCAUAUGGUAAGACAAUGCUGCUAGUUUGAAUAAGAUAUCAGAGAGAGACAUAGGAGAGGAAUACAGUUUUCAUUUUUUUUUAUAGAAAAAUAACACAAAAUACUUGGGCUUGGGCUUGGGCUUGGGCUUGGGCUGAAACAAAGAUUGCCUUGUAAUUGUAAGAAGAACAUUGCACAAUUGCAAUUUAGAUAUGGAGUAUGGACACUGAAAAUGUGCCAUAUUAUAAAGAGA